AUGCCCCGCAAGUCGAAGAAGCAUACGACAGUAGAGGAGGAAGAGGCCUCAACAACGACCGCAAUGGUCCCUACUGAAGCGGCCACUGGCAGUAGGAAGAAGGCGCGGGAGCGAGCCGCAGAUGUCAAGCUGGAGCCGGACUCCUUGGAACAAAGAAGGAGGGACCUUCAGAGGACUAUACAGAAAACAGUACGGAAAAUGAGGGAUGAAGGCGUCGAUGAGACCCUCAUCAAAGUCGAGAUCAAUAGGAUAAAGAACCGCGAGCAGAGAGUGCUAAUGCACGCUGUGAAGCAACAACAGCGAGUCGAGAAGGGCAGCAAGCAUGAAGUCGUUGUGAUUCCGAUUGCAUGGAAGCAGAAGGCUCGGGAGAAGGCGGAGGUCGACUCAGCCUCAAUAGCUGCAAAGAGAGCCCUCCUCUCGACUGGUGUAGAUGCUUGGCUUGAUCACCGGAGGGAAGCUCAGUAUACCCCUGGCCAGAAGUUUGCGUACUGGGAGCACCUUGGUGUCAAAUACCGAGUAGAAAUUGGUCCCAAUGAUGUAGCUCAGAAUCAAUGUGUCGUGGUGAGAGCUGAUGAGCCUGGCGAGUGGCUGAGCAUCAGCGAAGCUGAGACUGUCCUGUCCGGGGAUUAUGACGCUCUAGUAAAGCUCGGCUACGAUGCCCAAGAAGAACACGAUGGAGCUGCUCCCGCUGCAGCCGUGGCUGAGGAGGUCGAUGAAGAUGUGGCCGGUAAUGUGGCGCUCUCGUCGGACGCUCCCAAGAAGGAGAAGCGCAAGACUCCCUAUAAGUCGUUCAUAAAUCGCAAGAAGCAACGUACCGCGGAGUGA